AUGCCAGAAACUCCCGGAGAAAGCAAAGAGAUCGCAAAAUGCCUGGUUGAGGCUGUUGGUCACGAUCCUGUGAACUAUCUUGUUCCAAAGGACGGUCUUUCCGAUUUGGCAGAUCCUUGUUUUGUGCCGGCUCUUGGCUUAGAGCAACCGUUUGCUUCGUUAGCUGACGGAACAAUUCCAGAGAUGAAAGCGAUAUCGUUCCAUAUUGCCGAUGAAAGCGGUCAAAGAUUAGCAUUCAAGCGUCCAAGAAGCAUGACCGUGCUGGCAGAGCCGUCUGGCGAGGGAGCAGACUUGUAUGAUGGUCUGUCGCCAUUGGCUAAGAUGUGUCUUGAUGCAAACGACUGUCAGGUGUUUAGAGAAGAUAUAAAGGAGUCACAGCCUGCGAAUGCCUCAAGGCCAAUGAAACGCAAGUCUGAGGCCUCAGAAAGGUCCGAUCAGGUUAGAGAAACAGACGCGGAACCCCCUGCAAAGCGAUCGAAAGGAGGUUCAGGUAUCACGAUUAAUGGAGUAGACCUGGGAGACAAGUAUCUGCAGGAAUUUGCUUGUGUCUACGAGUCCUUAAGCGAGGGUCCCACAUCAAACACAGCGAAAGCUGCGGAAUGGUGGCAAAAAAUUUCAGACGAACACUUUGUGCUCUCUGAGCCUUGCUUAGCAAGACUCGAAAUUAUUCUCAAUAGCAUUGUGUCGAUCCCGAGCGCUUGGGCCAAAGUUGAGACUGAGCGAUUGAUUGAAAUUCUCAAAAUCCUGGUCGGUAACAUAAAAUGUGUGAAGCUGGUCAACGAGGAAGGUGCUUAUAAUUCAACGUUAAACAAGAUAGCACAUGUUUCGAUAGGUCUGAUAUUCACUCUGCUUAUGGUAUCCAAGAAUGACAACAGGCUCUCUCUUGAACAAUUUGUGCUGGAGCCAAUCGGUUUCCUAGCGUUCUCGCUGGAAACUAUCAAGGACAGCCUAAGCCAAGAUUGUCGGCAAAAAGAAUCAGUAGUCCCAUUGCAGCAGUCGAUUGCUCGCCUAGCCGCUUACAUUGAUAGAACUUCCUAUUUGGACGACUCGCUGGCUUUUAGAAUUAUCAGCUUGUUCGCUGGUCUUCUUAUGGAAAGCGACCUUAACUUUGGUAACGACAUGCAACUUCAAAACUGCUGGGAAAACAUCACUGAUUACAGUAGGAAGAUACUCGUUUCCCUUUUCAGAAAAUAUCCACAGCACCGAGAGUUUGUAGUCGAGGAGCUUCUUUCUCAGGCUGAAAACACUCCUUGCAAGAGGAACCAAAAGAAUCUCCGACGGGUCGAGGAUGGCAUCUUUGUUACUGAUUUUACAUUGACGCUCAUUCGAAUGUUAGAAAAUCUAAAUUGUUUGGAAGCCUGUAAGGCAGACAUAAGUGACGCAAAUACUUCAAACGAUGCGCUGAUAUUGGUGACUGAAAAGUAUCGGCAGAAUAUCGAACUUCUGAAUGGCUUUGGAAACCAAGUGAUUGAUACAAUAUGGGGAAAAUUUCAUCAGAGCCCAUCCAAAUAUCGCCAUGUGCUUGAGAACUACCUCUUGGACCUGGUUGCUUUAUUACCUUACCCAUCGUAUGCUAUAUCAGAGCUUUUACUCGCUCAGUCCUUCGGGAAGCUGCUGACAGAACUUACAGCAGCGCAGCAACACCCCGCCAAUGUUGAAACUAUCAGCUUACAAAUACUCGGGACGGCGGGUGCCUGUAUUUUCGGUAUUAAAUGUGCUACUCGCCCAAAUGAAGGUAAUAAUGUCAUAAGGUUAGUCAAUUACCCAGAAAACUUGCCUCAGUUCAUGGAAUCAUAUGAAAAUUGCUUAAAGUUUUGUCUUUCAAAGCCAGAUGAGAAAACUAAUGUGGCAUACUUCUGGCAUCAGACUAUCGGGGCAUUAUUGAAAGCGAUUGAAUAUACGAAAGAUGAUAAAACUCAGAAUGAAAAGAUAGCCAAGCUGGUGAUGAAUGAAGUCCAAAGAGCACAAUCAUUGUUGGGCAACAAUACUUAUGCCCUCAAGGUAGAUUAUCCGGAUAUCAAGCGCAACUAUUUCUCAUAUCUUCAUGCUUUCGAACUCAUAAAUUAUUACGAGUUGUAUCUGAAACUACUCCUCUCGCUCUUAGAGAGUGAGAAGAUAAAGAUCAAAUCUACCGCCAUCAAAUGUCUUUCAAUGUUGGCCGCCCGUGAUCAUACUAUUCUUUCAAGCCCUAUGAUCAAAGUUACGAUUGGAAAGACCUUGGAAAACUCACCUGCUUCGGUAAAAGACGCAAUCCUUGAUCUCAUCAGCAUUGGAUCGUCCGCUGUUGAAUACUACAGGCAGCUGAAUACUAGUUUUGAUGAUGAAAGUAUACUGGUUCGGAAGCAUAUCCUGAGAAUCAACGAAAAGAUAUACUCUGAAACUGACUCGCAAAGCAUUCGGGCUUUUGUGGCAUCAAGAAUAAUGCUAAGGCUGGAGGACGAAGAGGACGUGAUUAUUGAAAUGGCAAGAUCAAUAUUGAUGAAGAGAUGGAUUUUUUCCAUUACAGAAGAGCAAUCUGUUGAGCGUCAGCGCGUUGUCUGUGAUGAUGUUAUCAACUCGAUGGCUGGUGUUGUCAGUUUAAAUGACAACUGCUCUCGGCACUUCGAAUGGCUUCUGAACUUCUACUUAUUAAACGAAGAAAUUCUUUCUCCGAGAACUUCAGAGGAAGUCAAACAAUGCCUGAGUAACCUGACGGAUGUUCUGGUACAAAAAAUAACCGAAAUUGAAGGCCUUUCAGACUCUGGUGAGGAAAAGAUUGAGCAAGGUCCGCUGUUGAACCUUCUCGCUAAAUUUGCCGAUUGCAACCACUCGUUCAUUACAAAGAAUCAUAUUAUUGCAUUAUAUCCAUACCUUAUUUCAGAUGAAAAGAGUGACCUACAAUUUCACAUUCUACAUGUUUUCAGGAGUACGCUGGAUAAGUUGACAACAUUCAAAUCCAAUUUUCUACUAGAUCUAGAGACUGCUUUGUUGAGCAGAUUACCACGAAUGAAUGUUAAAGAGAUUAAUGAAGCGAUGCCUCUGCUUUGGCGUGUAGCUUCUCGUAGGAAUGACUUUGGAAGGAUUUUAAAAGCAUGCUCCUCUUGCUUCCAACAUUUAAGUCCCUACAUCAAUCAGGUUAGCAAAGAUUCGAAUAUUAUUCCUGAAGGAAAAUUACAAAGACUAAUUUACCUAGCAACAGGUUUUGCUCGUUACUGUCGCUUCAGUCAGGCAACUGGCAAGCCGCAUUUUAUCAAAGCAGAUGAAUCCGUCUACGCCUACGUUGCCAAGCGUCUACUACUGUUAUCAGGUGAAGGAGUGCCGCAUAUUGUUCGACGCGUGUCGGUCAAGAAUUUAACGCAGCUAUGUGGGAGUCAUCCUAAAUUGUUCAACUCAAGACCGAUUCUCGCUUUAAUCGAUAAAGAGCUGAAUGAAGAUACUUCAGAUAUAAAGUUUGCCAUAUUGGAAAGCCUGUACGAUUUUUUCAAAGCGGAAGAGCGCGAAUCCAUCAUGAAAGCUGGGGUCAAUUGUUCUGUCUCCUCGAAUGAAAGAUUGAAGAAAAAGUUUUUGAAGGAGAAGAAGAUUGAAUCAGUCAGCGACGGCGUGUGUUCUGCCCUUGUAACUCGUUUUUUGAAGCCAAUUCUGACAGCUUGCUGUUCAAGUGAUGUGAAAUGCUCUUUUAUCGCUGUUAAAUUACUGAAAUUAACCCUUCAAUAUGGUUACAUUAAUCCCUCCCAUUGCCUGCCCACUGCAAUCGGUCUUGUUGCUUCGACCAAUGAAUAUAUGAGUCUUGAGGCGACGGAUAUUCUAAAUGAGCUGCUCGAAAAAUACGAAAAUAUGGUAUUUAAUGGUUUUGCACAAGGCUUUAAAGUUGCUGUAGAAUAUUCCCAGUUAAUUCUCAGAGAAGACUAUUACAGAAAUGACAGUUUUCUGAGGAAUCUGCAGAAAGUUACUGGAGCUAGUAAGAAAGACGUCGCUAGAUUCUUCAAAAGUGUUUUUAAAGUUUUGAAAAUGCACUUUAACCAAAUUGAAGCUGCUCACCUGAGUGAACAAACCGCAAGCUACAUCAUCUACUUAUGUGCAAAUCUUUUCCAUUUGACCUUCCCAUCCCAGUUAGAAUUGGUCGAGGUCCUUAAAUCUAUUGAAACACUUAUAGAUCACCUAAGUGAAAUAUUGAGCGACCAGGUUGAUGAGCUAGAGGGCUCUGAGGUUUCUCCAAGAGUCAAGCAGACACUUUUGGUUUUACUCUGUCUGAAAAGAUUAAAGGCGUGUCUCAUGGUGGAGUACGGUCUGAAGACGGACGUUACAACAGCUGGAAGUGCCUUGGAGCUCAAAAGAAAGCAGUCUACAGUAGCCUCAAGGCAAGCAUAUCUGCGGGAACUAGAUGAGAUAUUUGCGAAACUCAGACAACCGGUCUCGCUUGCCGAUAUUGAUAAAAUAGUUAAAGCGUCAGGUGUAUGA